AUGUCUCAGCUAAGUGCUGCAAAACAAUUGAUCGAGAAAAAACAAGAAGAAGAAAUAAAACAGAUAAUGGUUCUCAUUAACGCAUAUCACAAUCAGCAAGACGCAGUUAAUAAAGGUUUGAGCGCAAAUCAAAUUAAAACAAGUACCGAUGAUCAUGCGUGGCAGUUAACAAAAUCGUACCAGCUAGGUCUGGAAGUGAACGAUCUCGAAGGAAAAGCAAUGAAAAUUGAAAAUGAAAUAAUGCAAAAAAGUUCUGCUAUUGUUGGUGAUAAUACUCCUGUUUAUUUACCAGCUUUUGAAAUUAAAUCCUGGUGCAAUCAAACGGAUAGUACGGUUACCAUUAAAGUACCAAUUAAAGAUUUAACAGCAGAGCGAAUUGAAGUUUCAAUAAAGGAUACAAAUGUUAUUGUUCUUAUCAAAACAUCUUCAUUAAAAUUCCAUUAUUCUAUUCAAUUCAAUCUUAUUCAUUAUAUUAAUCCUAUAGAAAGUAGCUACAAUAUUGCAGAUGAACAUAUUGAAAUCAAAUUGUGUAAACGAGAAUUAAUAACGUGGUAA